GCCACUCGCCCGCCACACACCCUGCCAGCAUAAGCUGCCAUCAUGGUGAAGCUCGCAAAGGCUGGUAAAAAUCAAAGUGACCCCAAGAAAAUGGCUCCUCCCCCAAAAGAGGUAGAAGAAGACAGUGAAGAUGAGGAAAUGUCAGAAGAUAAAGAUGAUGAAAGCAGUGGAGAAGUGGUUAUCAUUCCUCAGAAAAAAGGCAAGAAGGCUACCACCACUCCAGCAAAGAAUGUGAUGGUUUCCCCAACAAAAAAAGUCACAGUUGCCACACCAGCCAAGAAAGCAGUUGUUACCCCUGGCAAAAAGGCAGUGGCUACACCAGCCAAAAAGACCGUUGCACCUGCCAAAGCAGUAGCAACACCUGGCAAGAAGGGAGCCACACCAGGCAAGGCAUUGGUAGCAACCCCUGGUAAGAAAGGAGCAGCCACCCCAGCCAAGGGAGCAAAGAACGGUAAGAAUGCUAAGAAGGAAGACAGUGAUGAGGAAGAAGAUGAUGACAGUGAAGAGGAGGACGAGGAAGAUGAGGAUGAGGAUGAAGAUGAGGAUGAAUUUGAGCCAGCGGUGAUGAAUGCAGCUGCUGCUGCCACUGCCUCCGAUGAUGAGGAUGAUGAUGAGGAGGAAGAAGAUGAAGACAAUGAGGAGGAUGAUGAAGAUGAGGAUGAAGAUGACUCUGAAGAAGAAGCUAUGAAGACUACACCAGCCAAAGGGAAGAAAGCCCCUGCAAAAGCUGUUCCUGUGAAGGCCAAGAGCACAGCUGAGGACGAAGAUGAAGAGGAUGAUGAUGAGGAUGAAGAUGAUGAGGAGGAGGAUGAGGAAGAUGAGGGUGAGGAGGAGGAGGAAGAUGAGGAGGAGGAGGAGGAGGAGGAAGAAGAUGAAGACCCUGUUAAAGAAGCACCUGGAAAACGAAAGAAGGAAAUGGCCAAACAGAAAGCAGCUCCUGAAGCCAAGAAGCAGAAAGUAGAAGCUACAGAACCAACUACAUCAUUCAAUCUUUUUGUUGGAAACCUGAACUUCAGCAAAUCUGCUUCUGAAUUAAAAACAGGCAUCAGUGACCUUUUUGCUAAUAAUGAUCUUGCUGUUGUGGAUGUCAGAAUUGGUGUGUCUAGGAAGUCUGGCUAUGUGGAUUUUGAAUCUGCAGAAGACCUGGAAAAAGCUUUGGAGCUCACUGGUUUGAAAGUCUUUGGCAAUGAAAUUAAACUAGAAAAACCAAAGGGAAAAGACAGUAAGAAAGAUCGAGAUGUGAGAACACUUCUGGCUAAAAAUCUGCCUUACAAAGUUACUCAGGAUGAAUUAAAAGAAGUAUUUGAAGAUGCUGUGGAGAUCAGAUUAGUCAGCAAGGAUGGAAAGAGCAAAGGGAUUGCUUACAUUGAAUUUAAGACAGAAGCUGAUCCAGAAAAAACACUGGAAGAAAAGCAGGGAACAGAGAUAGAUGGGCGGUCUAUUUCCCUGUACUACACUGGAGAGAAGGGUCAAAGUCAAGACUAUAGAGGUGGAAAGAAUAGCACUUGGAGUGGUGAAUCAAAAACACUGGUUUUAAGCAACCUUUCUUACAGUGCAACAGAAGAAACCCUUCAGGAAGUAUUUGAGAAGGCAACUUUUAUUAAAGUGCCCCAGAACCAAAAUGGCAAAUCUAAAAGGUAUGUAUUUAUAGAAUUUGCUUCAUUUGAAGAUGCUAAAGAAGCUUUAAAUUCCUGUAAUAAAAGGGAAAUUGAGGGCAGAGCAAUCAGACUGGAGUUGCAAGGACCCAGAGGAUCACCCAAUGCCAGAAGCCAGCCUUCCAAAAUUUUUGUCAAAGGUCUGUCUGAGGAUACCACAGAAGAAACACUAAAGGAGUCGUUUGAUGGCUCUGUUCGGGCAAGGAUAGUCACUGACCGGGAGACUGGGUCCUCUAAAGGGUUUGGUUUUGUAGACUUCAACAGUGAGGAAGAUGCCAAAGCUGCCAAGGAGGCCAUGGAAGAUGGUGAAAUUGAUGGAAACAAAGUUACUUUGGACUGGGCCAAGCCUAAGGGUGAAGGUGGCUUUGGAGGCCGAGGUGGUGGCAGAGGAGGCUGAGGUGGAUUUGGUGGCAAAGGCUGGGGAGGCUUUGGAGGGCGAGGAGGCUUCUGAGGAAGCAGAGGAGGAGGGGGAGACCACAAGCCACAAGGAAAGAAGACGAAGUUUGAAUAG